AUGGGCACACUGAUGAAGGUUACCACCCCCUUGGUGUCACUCUCUGACAUAAAAGGUGUUGGCUGUGCCGUGACGCUACUAAUCAUCUACGGUCAGUGUUACUACAACGUGAUUAUGGCAUGGAUCUUGUACUAUCUCUUCUCCUCUUUCACCACGGUGUUGCCGUGGUCUCACUGUGGGAACGAGUGGAACACGGUACACUGCCGGGAACACCGCGGACAAAACCGGAGCGUGAAUGUCACCAGGCUGCUCAGCUCGUCUGCACCAGGACUUCUGGGAUACGACGCCGUGGUCGCUUCGAACAGCUCCAACAUCACUCACCAGUUUAUCAUGCGCUCUGCGAAAUCAAAACGAAAGGCAAAAGUACAAAAGUACGAGUUCGUGGAAUUUAACCUUUUGUGGCCUCUCUUUUCGAUCGUGUUUUUUGGGAAGAGCUCAAAAGAGGGUGUUCUGUUAGAUGGCGCGUUUGAAGGAAUCCGUUUCUUCCUUCUUCCGGAUUGGUCCAAACUUGGCAAAGCUCAGGUUUGUCUUGAGGCUGGAAUCCAAGUGUUUUACUCGUACACUGUGGGAGUGUCUAUUCAUACGGCUCUGGCCAGCUGUAACACAUUCCAUCACAACUCCCUCAGACACCUGUUGAUUUUCGUUGGGCUGAACACCUUCACGAGUUUCCUCUUCGGUUUUGUCAUCUUCUCAGUGUUGGGAUUCAUGGCGACACAACAGUCUCUAUCCAUCAGCGAGGUGGCAGGCUCGGGUCCGGGCUUAGCCUUCGUCGCCUACCCGGAAGCUAUGUCACAGAUGCCGGUAGCGCCUUUGUGGUCCGUCCUCUUUUUCCUGACCCUAAUAUUUGUUGGUAUUGACAGUCAGUUUGCUCACUGUGAAGCCUUUAUAAUAAGCGUCUCGGAUUUUUUUCCGAGAUUGCUUAGGGGGUCACCCAAUAAGGAGAUUUUCUCCGCGGUCAUGUGUUUUGCCUGGUAUCUGAUUGGACUGUCUAUGGUAACAGAGGGAGGCGUCUAUAUCCAGCAGCUGCUGGAAUGGUACUGUAGCGGCCGUAUUUUAAUGCUUAUCGUCUUUCUGGAGUGCUCUGUCAUUGCCUGGAUAUACGGAGUGUCACGCUUCCAGCGUAACAUGGAGUACAUGCUGGGAUACAGACUUGGGCCAUUCCUGAAAUUUGCCUGGUUCUUCGCCACACCGGCAGUUUCUUUAAUCAUGUUUACAGUUGACAUCGUACUGUACCCGGAAAUGACGUAUAGGCGUAAGUCGGGUGUGUAUUACUUCCCCGGGUUUGCCCGUGGAAUCGGCUGGAUCUUGGCCGCUGCCCCUCUCCUCUGUGUCCCCGGGGUGAUGAUGUGGAGGAUGUGUACUGCUAAGGGAUCACUGAUUACGAGGCUGAAAUUCCUCAUUAAAUCAGAGUUUGACGACGUUCAGAUGAGACGAGACAAGAAACAGAAGAGUUCUGAGAAGCUGUGCCCAGAGGAGAUACCUAUGACGGCCUGA